AUGGACGGUGAGACAUCUGAUUUGAGCAAUUGUAGACACAGAGUCUUUACAGGUCCAGAUGGGAAGGAAUACAAGUGGGUUUUGGGCUUCUAUACUCCCGAGCUCAUCCUCAACGACGGGUCCAACACCCCCGUAGCGCGAUUCCACCGUCGAAAGUUCAUCUUGUGGAAUACGCCUCCUGGAUAUCUGGAAAUACUUCCUUCUGGUGUCGAUAUGAUCGACACUAUUCUUAUCACGUUCAUUUAUAUCGAGAAAUUGAGGAAGGAUAAGGAGAGGUCGGUCUCGAAGACGAAUAGAGCAUUUUGA